AGGGGGAGGUAAUCAUUCGUGUUUGAGAAAGAUGGCGUCUGCAAAGAAGUCUGGGAGCGGUGUUCUUGAAAAAGCAGUCAACAGAAGACGCUCGUCAAAACACAAAGAAGGUCCAAUAGUAAUGGACACCAAGGCAGUGUUCACUGCCUUGUAUGACGUCUGUGAAGAAAAUGCCGCCUUCUUCUCUGGGACCACAAAGGGCCAGGCUGGGGACGCAGCCCAGCGCCUUGUGGAUGCCAUGACCACCAUCCAGGAGCACGCCCGGAGCCUGGAGCCUGUCAUUGCUGGAUUCGCUGCUGUCUACCACCAUUUUGACUUUGACCCUCAUAUUCCCGCCAACGGAUAUCGCUCCCUUGUUAAGGUGGUGCGCUGUUGCCUCCUCCACAUCAUCCACAAAGGCCGCUAUAUCACAUCCAACAGGCGAAGCAUCUUUUUCCGUGCGAGCCACAAUGCAGCAGAGAUGGAGGCGUACUGUAGUGCUUUGUGUCAGCUCAGGGCACUGCUCUAUCUGGCUCAGAGAUUGCUUCAUGACAACAGCCAUGGCAACCUCUUCUUCCAGGAGGAAAGUGGCCUCAGUCAGACCUUCCUGAGAGAGUACGCCUCCAUGCACAAGGGCUGUUUCUACGGCCGCUGUGUUGGAUUUCAGUUUACUCCUGCCAUCCGUCCAUGCCUGCAGUCACUUGCUAUUAGCCUGGUUGCCUUUGGAGACAACUACAAGAAGCAUCAGUCAGGGAUAGGUGUAGCAGCCAGUUCUUUCCUGACCUCUGGGAAGUAUGCUAUUGACCCUGAACUGAGAGGUCAGGAGUAUGAACGCAUCACUCAGAACCUGGAUGUGCAUUUUUGGAAGACAUUCUGGAACAUAACGGAGACUGAAGUUCUAUCAAGUCUGGUGUCUAUGACGGCCACACAGGUGAAGGUGAAUCGAGCUCUUUCUGUUCCCCCCGUGCCCUUUGACCUGCCGUUGGUGGUAGAUCCCACCCACACGGUGACUGUGUCUCCUCCCGCAGCUCAUAUCGGCCCAGGGCCUGUGCAGAUGAGAUUGAUCUCAUAUGAGCUGAGAGAAGGACAGGACAGUGAGAAAUUACUAGCGCUGUGUCGCUCAGAGGGUGGCCAGAUAUCUCUUUCUUUGGGCCUGAAGACAAAGCGCAGUCCUCCUUCUCCAUGGCUGGUGUUGCACUUCCACGGAGGAGGCUUUGUGGCACAGACGUCCAAAUCACAUGAGCCAUACCUGAGGAGCUGGUCUCAAGACCUGAAUGCCCCUGUCCUUUCAGUGGACUAUUCUCUGGCUCCUGAAGCCCCGUUUCCUCGGGCUUUGGAGGAAUGUUUCUACGCCUACUGCUGGGCCAUCAAGAACCACAACCUGCUAGGUUGGACCGGUGAACGCGUGUGUUUGGCCGGUGACAGCGCAGGCGGAAAUCUGUGUGUGACCGUGUCGAUGCGGGCCGCUGCUCACGGCGUGCGCAUGCCGGACGGCAUCGUCGCCGCGUACCCCGCCACCCUGCUCACCGUGUACGCCUCGCCAUCCCGCCUGCUCACCCUCAUGGACCCUCUGUUGCCCCUCAGUGUGCUCUCACGCUGUCUCAGCGCUUACGCCGGCACAGAUCCACAGGUGGAGAAGCAGGUGGAGAAGGUGAGCACUUUGAGCAUGGUGAGGAGAGAUACAGCCCUGCUGCUCCGAGACUUCAAACAGGGAGCUUCCAACUGGAUCCAUUCUCUGCUGGACAGAGGGAGUGCAGACUCUGUAAGAAAAAGCGUUUCUGAAGCCUCUCUGACCUCGCCUCACGCGGACCCUCCGGUGUCCGGCAAGGCGUCUGAGUGCUCCCUGGAGAAAGGGUCUCUGAGGAGCCAGACGUGCCAGGACUUGGGCACACACACUAACAGCGGUGCCAGCGACGUACAGAACAAUGCCAGUCAGACUGCCAACCACAUUAGUACCACUACAGCCAACCACAGCUCCAUCCUCGACAUCACACUGACACCCGAAAGCAAGCCCGAGGAUGUGAGUUUCUUCCUCUGCAAAGAAGUAGAUCCCUCAGUAACAGAAUCCUUUUCCUCUGUGGCCAUUCCACCCCCUGCUGGUGAGGAGGACUCUGAGACACCUUGGGAGUUUCCAGAGGGCUUUGAGCCUCUGCGGUCAGAGCAAUUAGCAGAGAUGAACGUGCAGAGUUCUCCCGUUGUCAGAAACCCCUACAUGUCCCCCCUUCUAGCUCCAGACAGCAUGCUAAAGGGACUACCUCCCAUACACAUAGUGGCCUGUCAUCUGGACCCAAUGCUAGACGACUCUGUGAUGUUUGCCAAAAGGCUGCGAAAUGUCGGUCAGCCAGUGACCCUGUGUGUCGUAGAUGACCUUCCUCACGGCUUCCUCAGUCUGUCCCAGCUCUCGAGGGAGACUCGGGAAGCUGCUAACGUAUGCAUGGAGCGAAUCCGGGAUGUCUUCACCAUGAAAGACCCUCCCCCAGAAAUGCGCAAGCAUCGCAAACUGGAACGAACCAACCAGAAGCCUGCUGCCACCAAAAGAGACCACACUCAGCUUUCUCAAGUGACUCUGCAGGAGGAGGAGGAGGAAGGGCUGUUUGUUGGGGGCGGGGCUUCUGUUGUGGAUGAGGAGGGGCUUUCUGGUUUUUACCCUCCCACUAAUUCUGAAGCUGAAAAGAUUCCAUCUUAGAUUUUGGACUGGUUCCAUUCUGAAUGAUACCAAAAGAGAUAUAUAUGUUAUGAAAAACACUAUUAAUUAUUUAGUUAUAGAGUGGAUAAAGUUCAAAUUAGAACACCUCAAGCUUUACUCAAAUGUGAUUGCGUACACAUGCGCUCCCUUUACAUCUGUUUACCACCUUGCCUUUUGUUGCAUUAUACCAGCACAAAAACUAUUAUCCUGCCUUGUACAAACAUCCCAGCACAUAACCGUCGUUCAAAGACAUUACAAAUGGAUGUAUAAACCCAGACCUCACACCUUAUAGCACUAAAUGUUCUUAUACAUUAAUGAAAUCGCUCUACAAACUGUGAUUCAAUAUUAUACCUGUGUGCUACAAGUUAAACUCCAUAGAAUGCACUGCUGCUAGGCAUCCUGGGGCUAACUGACAAGCGUUUAUUAAUGGUUGAUUUUUUUUCUUUAUAGUAGCUUUUGAAUUAUUUAUGGCACCAAAUUAUAAUAUGGUGUUACUGUGUAUGUUAAUCACCCUUUAUUAAUCUACCUGCCUCUUGGCUCUGAGAGGACGUCCUGUGCGAGUAGCGUUUGAAUAGGAUUUCUGAUGCUGCUUUGUCCUAGUAGAGUUCAAUGUUUAUUAGAUGCAAUUAAUCGUGAUCAAAUUUCCACAAGCGUUCUGUGCAAGGAAAGCUCAAGUUACAUCAUUUGUGAUAUGGUGUUGCUUGUGUUCUGUGGUGUGUCCAGUCUUGUUAUACUUAAAAUAAUAGUCUGUUUUGUUAUAUAUUAUCUUGUGUUUAGUUUGUUAGUGCUAGUUCACCUAAAUGAAAACUCUGUCAUCCUUUUUUCACCCUCACAUCAUUUCAGACCUGCAUGAAUAUUUCUUGAUGAACAUUUCAGCUAUUUUUGUCCAAACAAUGAAAACCACUGAGGUCCAAAACAAACCAACAAGGGGCUCCAUUGACUUUCAUUUUAUGGGCAAAAAGACUGAGUCAUGCAGGUUUGGAAUGACAAAAAGGUGAGUAAAUAAUGCCAGAAUUUUCAUUAUUUGGAUGAAUUUCACUUUUAAGUCUCAAGUGGUGUUGAAGUCGCAUAAUUCGACUCAUUAAGAUUUGUUUGUUAUAAUCACACUAUAAUCACAUUUAUCUCUUAGAUUAGAUUGCUUGUCAAAAAGACAAAAAUUUAUAUGGUUUGAAAACUGAACAUGGGCUUAGAGGAGGGGAGAGGUUGUAACUCUCCAUCAUCGUCUUUCCCUCUUGGUCGCUCUGACAUGUCAACGCAAGCUUCUGUUAUUUUUCCAUAUCCCUUGUUCCUUCACUCAGUUUGUUUCCCUCUGUUAACAAUCGUGUCGUCUGUCCCUGUGCACGCUGACCCAUUUUGAGUGCGCUCUUCAAUUCUCACCCAGCCCGUCCUAGAGGUAUUUUAAGCAGACUCCCUCAACACCCAGCAACCUUGAGCCAAUGAAAUCUUUCAGCCUGCACAUGUGUGAUACAUACCGCUGUGAUAGCGUGUCUCUAUUUGAAUCAGGUCGCCUCUCUUCCUGGCACUAAUUGACUCUAUUGACUCUCCGACAAAAAAUAGCCAGCGUUUUGCCACUCCAUAAAGUUCAUUAGUGCUGUAUGGGAGGUUUGGGACUUUGCGUGCACAGCUUUGCUGUGUGACAGUGGCUUGAACCCCCGCAGUGUGUUUAUAUAGCGCGCAUAUCCUAUUUAUUGUCGACUUUAUUAUUGAAACUCCACUUGCUGUCAUUUUAAGAUUGCUCAGCUAACUGGCACAGCCCGAGAUGUCUUCUGGGACUUUAUAUAUCCCGAGUAAAGGCCUCUACUUCUUUAUCGGUGUGUCUAUGAUUGGAUUAAGCCAGAGCUUUCUGCUGAGAGAAAACAAUGCUCCAUCUACUGCUGAUUGCAGCAUUUGAGAGUCAGUUUAUGAGAGUGUCACGAUAUAAAAAGAUUUGCUUGCUUGCUCUUUUCACCAUGUCAAAGCUGCUGCUUUCUGGUGACAGAUUUGAAAUAUCAAAUCUUGGUUACUCUGCACUUUCUGUUGGAGGGCGUAUGUUACACAUGUCUAGUCAUUUGCGCUUCUGGGUAUUUUUGUCAGAUGCUUCCUGUUUCAGUCAGUUUGGUGUUGUAUGUGUGUUUUAAGAAACUUGUUUGUGAAAAAGAAAAAGCUUCUCAAUGCCAUUGUGCUUGUAGAUGCGAAGGCCAUUGUGUGGAGUCCCUUCAUGCAACCAUGACUAAAACAACCAGAACUGGGAGAGGAACGAUAAGACACUCUGACGCCCUCUGGUUAUCCGUUCCAGUCGAGUUGUCUGUAAGCCUUUUUUUUAGUUUUGGUUGGACAAUGUAACCUUGAAUGCACUGCUGAGCGUUUCCACCUUGUUUUUUCACAUUUUUGUGUGUGUGACUUAAAACUGCCUCCCUCGGAGAGAGAUUACUCAUUCAUCUCAAGGGUGUUACAUAAAACACCAUGUUAAUUUAGUCCUGUUUAAAUGGCCAUACCUGUGUUACUGAGGCGAAACUGUGCUGCAUCAUCUCCCUCAGAGGCACAGGCUUACUGAUUCGUGUCGUUGCGUUUUACAUCAGUUCUCAAGACUAAUAGUCAAUCUGUCACUGACUUGGAGUUUUAAUCAGUGGGUUGGUGUUUCACUGUGUCAGAAUGAAUUUGCUGCAAGUGGUUUUGAGCUCCCGUCCUCUUGAAGUCCACCGACGGUGAUGUUACGCACUUUAAGUGCAGGCUGUAAUGACCACUGCAGUAUCAUUUGCGAAGGUGCUGAUGUCUAUUCUCUCCUCAUUUUCACUGCCGUUAAUGAGUGAUACAAAACCCAAACUGCACUGUAUGUCCCAGACAAAGUUUUGCGUUCGGUCAGUCUCAACAAAUAAGCACUUUAUAGUAGUGUAAACAGCAGUAUUGAGAUUGAGAGUUGUUUUCUUUAUGAUAAUGUGAUUCUUUAUUUUUAAAAAUAAUAUUAAAUGAUUUGGAAUAAUAAUUAUUAUAAUUGCAAUAAUAGUUAUAGUGUUAUAUUACUAGUAGUAAUAAUAAUAAUUAUUAUUAAUGAUAUUGAUAUUAUUGUUGUUAUUUUUUUUCCUCAUGUAAACACACCGUAAGUGCAAACCUGUGUAUUUGGAAUGUACUGUAUAUGCAUAGAUGACAUUUUUAUUGUAUAGAGAGACCAUAAUUACACUCUUAAAGGAGAAGCUUACUUCCAGAACAAAAAUUUACAGAUAAUUUACUCCCCGUUGUCAUCCAAGAUGUUCAUGUCUUUCUUCAGUUGAUAAGAAAUUGUUUCUUGAAGAAAACAUUUCAGGAAUUAUCUCCCCCAAGCCAUUUCAGGAAUUAUCUCCCCCAAGUUUUAACUUCCAAAAUGUAGUUUAAAUGCAGCUUCAAAUGGCUCUAAAUGAUCCCUGCCAAAGAAGAACGGAUUUAAGGGUCUUAUCUUCUUAUUUAAUCUAUUAUAUACUUUGUAACCUCGUCUUGUCUAACUCUGCGUGAACAGUUGUUUUUUUUUUUUUCGUUUCAAGACAGUUAGUGUAUGUUGAAAAACUCCCAUCUUAUUUUCUUCCUCAACUUUAAAAUCCUCCUACAUUGCUGCAGAAGUACCGAAGCUUUUACAGAGUGAACAUGCAAAGAAGAUCAAACACCCUUUAUAAAAAAGGUAAAACAGCAAUGUAGGAUGAUUUUUAAAUUAAAGAAGAAAAUUAGAUUUUUGUUUUUCGACCUAACUGUAUUGACCCGGAUUACACAGACUACACAUGCGCAUCGCAGAGACGAGACAAGACGUGCAUUUAACGUUAAAAAGUAUAUAAACUGUCAAUUUGUUUCGAAAAUGACCAUUUUGCUAUACAAGACCCCUCUUCCUUGACUGGGAGCGUUUAGAGCCAUUUGAAGCGCCAUUUAAACUGCAUUUUGGAAGUUCAAACUUGGGGGCACCAUUCAAGUCCACUAUGUGGAGAUAAUUCCUGAAAUGCUUUCUUCAAGAAACAUAAUUUCGUAUAGACUGAAGAAAGCAAGAUAUGAAUUUUUGUUCUGGAAGUGAACUUCUCCUUUAGGUUGCUUUUUUUUCUCAAUUAUUUUGAGAUUUGUGAGGACUGUGGUAAUGGUAAAUGAGAGUAUUUUUCUGCAGUAUGUAUUUUUCCCUGUGUUGAUUUAUAUUUGAAUAAAUAUAUUCUCUGCA